AUGGCAUCCCAAGAUUAUCCACCUGGCUUCGGGGAUGAAGAAGUGCAAGGUGGUGGUACAGAUUGGUGGGAGGGAAAUCAGCUAGAUGGCGGAGAUGGAGGGCCAGGGCCAGGAAAUAUGAAUGGAGCUACUAAUAUGGGCAAUGGAAAUAAUAUGGGAGUGAACAAUAAUGGCAAUAAUGGCAAUGGGCCACCUCCUCGCCCUCAAAAUUCAAACAGCCCUCCCUCGACCACCAAUUCUCCAACUACGACUAGUAGCUAUGAUUCCGCGAUAUCUACGAACACUAUUACCACCACUACCGCAGCUGCCUCAACUACCUCAUCUUCACCAUCAGCAUCAUAUAUAUCCCCUACAUCUAUAAAUACCAAUACCACUAGUACAGUCGAUACUUCAUAUUCAUCUACAUCUUCAUCAUAUUUUUCUACACCUACACCGACAAUCACACCUACAAGCUCCAACUCGUCAACAUUGCUUGCACCAACAACUUCAAUUUCAUCCACCACCACAACCACAUCCUCUUCUACGAUUGACGCGACUCUUAUGUCCAACACUGGAGCCGGUACUCAAUCCGUCGGUGUCACCAUCCUCCCCUCUACAACCUCAAUUCAGCACGGCCUGAGCAAAGGCUCCAUCGCCGGUAUCACCAUCGGGUCUCUAGCCCUCUUAGCUCUCAUUCUAACAGCAAUAUGGUAUUUCCUCCGCCGCAAGAAGAAGAAUAAGCAACACCGGAAAAGCAUUGGCGGAUUUGGCGUUGCUGAAUGGAACGGUAGUGGAAUGGGAGGCAAUAUGACACAAGUUAACGAAUCACCUGCCUACGCUGGCAAAAUUACUGCUGGGAUGGGAGUCCAGAGAAUAUUGACAUGGAAUACCAUGCGCAGUCUUACUGGUACACAUACCCGCGCCAGUAGUUCCAUCUCCCAAACUCCUUCGACACCUUCAACAGCAUCUCAAUCCACACUACAAAAUCCUUUCACAGAUCAACCCCACUUCUCUUCCUUUUCCUUCCCGUUUUCUCCCGCACAACAACCAAAAACCCCUGAUCAACCAACCUCAAAUGUAAAGACAGUCGAAGAAGGGCCUCAUGAAGAUAUAGUAGAUUUCGGAGACUCGAUAGAUUGGAUACGUAAGCGAGAUCGCAUGCGAGACAGAGAAAGGAGUGGAUUGACAGGUCCAGAUCUGGGGAGUGGAAUGGGGGAAGGAAAACCAGAUUGGAGAUAUUCGGUUAGAGUUAAUGGGGGCGGGAAUAAUCUUUAA